AUGAAUUAUAAUUGUGAAAUACAAAACAGGAACAGUAACAGUGUUGACAAUCAAGUCAGUCUACCCCCUAUCCAAGUUCUAUUUAACUCCAUAGAAAAACGGAGUAUGCCCGAGUUGGCAUUUUCAAACACAGAAUUCUCACAUGAUAAGCUGCGGUCCAGUACCGAAGAACAAAACUACUCUGCGCCUGUGUUACUCCCUCAGCAUCCGAUUACGUAUCCUGUACUCAAUUCUGGUACUACUACUACUGCAACAGCUAAAACAAGUACUAGUACUAUGAAUACACAAUUUCAACAUGGUAGUAUGAAGAAAUCAGAAUCGGUGUCAGAUGAUACAAAGCCUUGCUAUAAAUCCGCUCCAAUCUGUGAAAUAAUUAAUAAAGAAAAGGAUGCGGGGACACAAUCCAAGAGGCCGAUUUCAGACUUCGUAGAAUCUAAAUCAAGGAGGAAGCAAAAUUCUGGCAGGAGGUCUAACCUACCAAAGGAAACAGUGCAGAUCCUGAAUACCUGGUUACUAAACCAUUUAAACAAUCCCUACCCAACACAACAAGAAAAGAGGGAGUUGUUAAUCAAAACCGGGCUGACUAAGAUUCAACUCUCUAAUUGGUUCAUAAAUGUGAGAAGACGGAAAAUAUUCAGUGAUUAUUAUACCCUAGUAAACUCAAUUCCUAAUGACAACGCGAAUAAUACCACAGUGGAACGAGCACAAAAUGUUUCAGCAUAUCACAACACAUUAUCUGCCACAAAUAAUACUAUGUACGAUGCUACAUCAACCUGUUCCACUGAUUAUGAAUUAUCGAAGAGAUUUGCCCAUGCUCCCGUUACACGGCGUAAAAAACUGAUUGAUAGGCUGGAAGAAUUGAAAAAGCUAUCCAACCCCGAUAUGAAUUGA